AUGACACUAUUAGAAGAAUUUAUGAAAGACGAAUGGCAAAAAGAAAAAGAAUAUUUUUUUAGAACAAUGAUGGAAGAGUUGAAAAUACAAGAAAAUUUAGAUGAACAUGUUAUCAUAUUGGAAAUAAAAAAAAAAAGAAGUAGGAAUGCUAUAUUAGAUAUUGAAAAAGUGGAAAUAGAAAAAUGGAAAAAGAAAAAAUGGUUUAUUGAGUUAAUGUUGGAAAUGAAUAACAAGGAAAAAACAUACAUAAAAGACGUAUAUAAAGAUAUGAUAGCAAAAAAUAAUGAAGAUAGAAUUAAAAAUCCCAUGUUAGAAAUGCAAAAAAUUAUAUGGAAAAAACACUGUGAAGAUAUUCAUAAGAGGUGGAUAGAAAAAAAUAAUAAGGAAAUUUUACAACACUAA